AUGAAUGUCAAUAAGAAAUUAGAUCGCUUCAAGCAAUGGGCUGGCGAAAGAAUGGGAGGAGAAGUCAAGACCAAUGUCUCUGACGACUUCAAAGCUUUGGAGACAGAAAUGAACUUGCGACACGAUGGCAUGGAAAAAAUGCAUCGUUCGAUGACUACUUACGUCAAAGCUAUCUCUAAGCGCAAGGAAGGAGACGAUAAGGAGAAAACACUACCGAUUGCUCACUUGGGAAGUGUCAUGAUUCAGCAUGGCGAAGACUUUGAUUCUAAUUCCGACUUCGGUCGAUCUCUGGCUUUGACUGGAAGGGCCCACGAGAGGCUUGCCCGUAUCCAGGAUAGCUACUCCGUCCAAGCUAGCACCAGCUGGCUCGAGGCUCUUGAACGCAGUCUAGCUUCUUUGAAAGAGUACCAGAAUGCUCGUAAAAAACUAGAAAGCCGCCGCCUGGCCUAUGAUGCCUCCUUAGCUAAGAUGCAAAAAGCCAAAAAAGAGGACUUCCGGGUCGAGGAGGAGCUCCGCUCACAAAAAAUAAAAUAUGAGGAGACAAAUGACGAUGUCUACCGUCGAAUGAUGGAUAUCCAAGAAGCAGAGGGUGAAAAUUUGACGGACCUCACAGCUUUCAUAGACGCUGAGCUCAACUACCACGAGCGUUGUCGUGAAGUAUUGCUUCAGCUGAGAAACGAGUUGCCAGCAGCAAACCCACCAGUGUCACAGACGAACAGCCGUCGUCCUAGUCGAGCGCGCUCGAAUACGGCUCACUCGUACCAAGAGAGAUAUGAGCCAGUUCAGGAAGUCUCCCCUCCAUCMCCUCCCCGUCCGAUGAUCAAGGCGAGACGAUCGUCGACAUUUUUCGCGCAGAACGACGAUACACUGCAGGCACGACCGGAAUCCGUCUAUGCACGUCCAACGAUCAAUCGCGUCUCAACCUACGAUAGCACUACAUAUACACGCAACGACGAGUCUCAUACCCCCGGUCGAGUUCAUAGUGACCUUUCAGUUCGCACAGCCAGAACGAACCUGAGACCAGUCAGCAAGAUCUAUGAAGACUAUCAGGACAGCUCCUCGUAUGGAAAUGUGAGCCCGUAUGACGACAGAUCGGAGUCGUCUGCUGCGUCCCAAAAUGGUUACUUUUCACGCACACCCAGCUCAUCCGCCUUGAAUGCUACUUCACCUGGGGCGAAGAAGGGACCGCCUCCUCCUCCGCCAUCACGAGCAACCAAGCCUAAGCCUCCCCCACCACCUCCUCCAGCGAAGCGCAAUUUGAUCGGAGCGUAA